UUGCCUUCAGCACAAUCGGUUCGUUCUCGCCUUUUGUAGUCUAACUGGAACAAGUAGUAGCCUGUUGAAUACCGGUCAAGUUGACCCAAUAAAUCCGGAAAGUUCAGUUGAACGUGGAUGGGCAUUGGCCAAUAUUCCGCGCCAGCUGGUCUACCGCCGAGUGGAACAAAAGUCAUAACCGCUGUGGAACAACAAUCAAACGUGUUCGGUGGUUCGGUUGAGCCAAAAUUGUGCCAAAGAUCGACGACGAUGAGCUGAGUAGAGAACGGUUAUUGCAGUCAAACUCCCGCCGUCGUUGGAAGUGCCAUAGUAUCGAGUACAGGUGAAACAUUUUUAGUGCAUGCGAAAUCCGUAGUCGAACAAUGCAACGAAAGCCAAAUUAGUGCCAGAUUGGUAGAAAUAUUUCCUCAACAACAGCAGCAGCGAUCCUAUCAACAACUUGAGACCAGUGCCGGUGGGUGGUAAUUAGAUAGGAAAGGGACACCAACCGAGCGAGCGGCAACUGAAUCGACUGACGACGGCUGCUCUUAAAACUUGUUUUGGGAAAGCACUCUGUUUUUGUUUGGCCUGCGAAAACCAGCUGCUUGCUGUUACCCACCGUUGUUGUUGUUACUGCUAGUGCCGCUGAGUGCUGCUGCCGGGCAAUAAAACAACAAUAUGGAUGUUUCGGAGAAAAGCCAACAGAGCGAUGGAAUCCCUCACCCACUGUGGAUGUUCUGGAAGCGGCGGAGAUACAUUGUGGUGUUUAUGGCCUUCCUGGGAUUCUUCAAUGUGUACGCCCUGCGAGUGAAUCUCAGUGUGGCCAUCGUGGCAAUGACCGAGGUGCGGGAGGUGGACUACGGAAAUGGAACCAUUGUACAAGAGCAAUACUUUGACUGGAACUCGCAGAUGCAAGGUUUUGUGCUCAGCUCGUUCUUCUAUGGAUACAUUUUGACACCGUUCCUCGGAGGGUUCAUUUCCAACAAACUGGGAGGCAAUUAUGUUUUCGGUGUCGGCAUCGGUACAACCGCUGUCCUAACACUGGUCACUCCCCUGGCAGCCAAAGCUGGGCUGGGUUGGCUGAUUGGGGUGCGGGUCAUCGAGGGCAUCUUCGAGGGUGUCACAUUCCCGUGUAUCCAUGCGGUGUGGUCCAAGUGGGCUCCCCCCUCGGAACGGUCUCGAAUGGCAUCGAUUGCCUUCGCUGGGAAUUAUGCCGGAACGGUGGUGGCAAUGCCCUUCAGUGGAAUAUUUGCCCAGCAGUACGGAUGGGAGAGCGUGUUCUACAUUUUCGGUGCCAUCGGUUGUGUGUGGUUCGUGUUGUGGACUUACAUGAUUAAGACUUCGCCCGAGGUGGACCGAGGCAUCAGUGCCGCUGAGAAAGAGUAUAUUUUGACAAGCUUGGGCAGGACCGAAGGUGUCCAAGAGAAGAUCAGGCACCCGUGGAAGGCGAUGAUAACUUCUUUGGCCGUUUGGGCGCUGGUGGCGUCGCAUUUCUCCGAAAAUUGGGGAUUCUACACGCUGCUGACACAGCUGCCAACGUUCUUGAAGGACACCAUGCACUUCGAACUGACGAAAACUGGAUUCAUCUCCGCCGUCCCUUAUCUAGUCAUGGGAAUUCUGUUGUUCGUCUCCGGUUACCUGGCUGAUCUGAGCCAACUGAAGGGAUGGCUCACAACAACGCAGGUCCGACGGUACUUCAACUGUGGCGCCUUCCUGGGCCAAACCGUGUUCAUGAUUACGGGAGCGUUCAUCCUGAAACCGACCGCCACCAUCACCUGUUUCACCAUCGCCGUGGGCAUUGGAGCGUUCGCGUGGUCCGGCUUCGCGGUGAACCAUCUGGAUCUGUCGCCGAAGAGCGCCGGAGUGCUGAUGGGCAUUUCCAACACCUUUGCCACCAUCCCGGGAAUUGUGAGCCCCAUCAUUACGGGUUAUAUCACGACGAACAAAUCGGACGACGAGUGGCGGGUGGUGUUCUACAUUGCCGCCGGGAUAUAUUUGAUCGGGUGCGUGAUUUAUUGGCUGUGGGCUUCAGGGGAGCUGCAGCCCUGGUCGAUCGAGGCCCAGGAGAAGCUGGCCAAGGAGCGAAGUGAGGAAAAGAAUGGCAUUGGCGGGGGUUAUGUGAACAAGAUGAAGAUUGAGGAUGAGCUGUGAAUGGGUGGGAGAGAUUUCGAGAUUACUAAAAGUAUUUUAUCUUUAAAUGUGUAUUUUAGCGAAAACGUUCAUGUUUAAAAUGAAUGUUUGAAAUCGAUGUGAUGUAAGAAAUAAAGUAUUCCGAAGCUUUAA